GGGAUUUCUCAAAAUGAAAUCUAAAAAAGUAUACGCAAAAGGAAAGAUAAAUCAUUUGUUGUGAUAUAUGAUUUACUUUUUGGAUAAAUGGGAAUUGAAUCAUCAACUCCCAUAAUAAUCUAACUAAGUAAGAUUUGAUAUUAUAAUCCUUUAAUACCAUAAGUGGAAAGGUAGUCAUUUGAAAAUAUUUUACUUUCAGAAAUUCAAAAACCUGCUCCAUAUGAUUAUGGUAAGGAACUACCUAAGGAUAUCGUGGCUAUUGUAUUAUCUAUAUUAGGCUAGAUAAAUUAUUAAUGCUAUUUAUACUUGUUUAGAAAAAGUUUAAUAUUGUAAUUAAGAUAAAAAGUCCUGAU